CAGCUUUCCUGUUUUCUUGGAAAACGUUUUCCGUCUCAAAGACUAUCAAACAAUGAGUUGCUGACGUCGUAAAGGGGUUUUCCCUCCGAUAUGCUUGAUUAAGCACUUUCAUUUUCUUUCCCCGCCUACUAAAUCUAAAAACUUUGCGACGCACAAUUCCACAAUCACAAACAAACUGCCUGACAAACUUCAAGCACUGACACGCUCGGACGCCGUGUGGAAAUUUCAUUCGGAAUUAUUCUGCAGAUGUUCAAUCACACUCUUUUAAGAGUCUUCAAGAUGUUCUGUCAUAUUUUGAUCGUGGUUACAAUUUUUGCGGCGAAAGAAGCAAUGGCGACUGAUAGAUGCCAGAUGGUAAUCUCAGGCACUUGUAUUCAACAUUGCCACAACCAAUCAUGUGACUGUGGCGUAACAGACAGUAACCAAGGCUACAAUGAAUGUUACCAAGCCUCCGCAGGUUCUAAAUGCAGAGCAAUCACGUGCUCAUCUGAGACAUGCUAUCAGAAGUGUCACAAUUGUCACAUGAAGUGUACCAGUGAUGUUAGUUUCUGUAGACAGCGGUGUUUAUCAGGAGCAUGCUCAUUUACGUGUGACGCUCAACACUGUGAACAGGAAUGUACUGGAGAGAACUGUCAGAAUACCGUCUUUGACAACUGCCAUCUGAUCUUGCCGCUAAAUUACCUGGUGAUAUUGGCGGGAAUUUUAUUCGUGAUAAGUAUGUUGGCGUGUGUGCUCCUUGUCAUGUCUUUUAGAAAAAAGGAUUGCAUCCCUGAUUGCUAUCCACAGCCGCCACCCUACUCAAAGAUUUAGACUGAGAACUUUCAUGAAGGGAUUUCCUUACAUUAACACAGUUUGCCCACAGGUUUUUGUUAACGGAGGAAAAGCACCAGCUCCGCCCAUCCAAGUUGUAUUUGGCAAAUUGUGCUGUUCAUAGCAUAAUAUGAACAAAAGAAAAAGAACAUUGUUGACUUAACACCAUGUUUAUAGUAUGAUAUGAACAGAAAAAAGAACGUAACAAAACCGGCUGCUCACCAUGUUUAUAGCAUAAUAUAGACAUACCAAAAGAAAACUGAACAUUUCCCAUCAUACUUGUAAUGAGUUGUUCACAAGUUGUAAAAACUAAACAAAAAAAAGUAGUAAGCACUAUAUUUAUUAUUUCACGACGCACAUUAAAGACAAGUAGGAGUCAUGUCAUAGAAGAAGUGUUUGUUCGUUUUAGUAUUUCUUACUGAAGACACUCCUCGCCAAUCCAUAGUUCAUUAGUAAUAGCUCAGGUUAUGUGUCGUACAUGUACCGGGUCACUCUGGCCCAGGCCUUUUACCGAGCCUUGAGGGGUGACACUUUGUGUCAUUUAUUGAUUACAGUUUUUCAACUUUGAUCAAAUACUGUUAUGAUAAUUUGGAUGUUUCAGAUGAUUAAGUGAUGUUUUCACGUGGUGGGUUGAAGGUCUCACAAAGAUUUCACCUCAUUUAAAAAGGACACCUUAAAAAUUUGUUGCUACUUAAACAAUCUCAUCUUGUUCGCAUGUGGAUCUACAGCUUAGACUUGGCAGGCUUUGGUUGAAUUUCUCUUAGUUUCAUAGCCAGGCCCAUAUUUCCCUUGAUCUUGAUCU